CGUAUGGACACACCAGGCCAGAGCCAACAUGGGCCACAGCACCAGCCAACGCUCACCCCACGGAGACAUGCAUGGCCACAGCACGGCCACAGCCACGGCACGGCCACGGCACGGCCACGGCCUCGCCCUCCCCGCCUCGCAGUAGCAGCAUCGGAUCAGGCUCUAUCGGCGAAGACUACCCAGCACACGCGCUGUUCAUGCGGCAAUGUCUGCCAGAGUCCGCAUGGGAGGCCGACGACGCAGCCACAGGGUGCCGGCAAUGCGGGCGCAGCUUCUCGCUGUUCCUGCGGCGGCAUCACUGCCGGCGCUGCGGGCUGCUUUUCUGCGUAAGCUGCUCGUCCAAGCGCGCCGCCCUUGCGUCGCCCCUGGGCCUGGCGCAGGGCGGGUACUACGGGGCAUCGCAGCCAGACGACGACACGCCGCUGGCACAGCUCCAGCAGCAGCAGAGGUUUGGGCCGUCGGGGUGCUGGGCGCUCCGCGACCACCGCACCUGCGAUGCCUGCGCACAGGCGGUCGGCGAGCUGCCGGACCCGGCGAACCCGGAGCUGGUGCCGGUGGAUUGCGCAGCGGAGGACGCGGCCGAAAACGCAUACAACAUAUUCGGUGACCAGGCGGCGCAGGCCGGCGGGCACCAGCGCAGCCAGUCGGGCAGUGGCGUCAGUGGGCUGCGGCGGCGUGGGCGCGGGAGCUCCAGUGUGCGCAUUUGCCCGGUGUGCGACCGCGACUGGGCGACGGUGUGGAAUGGCAUGCGGCGGGUGCCUGGCGAGGGGUGGCAGGAGGCGCAGGAACGCCAUAUUCGCGCGUGCAUCGAGGAUACGUCGGCGGAAAUGCAGGGCGCAAGGCCGGUGUCGCCUGCGCGCCGCAGCCGCUCGGUGCAGCCGCAUCGCAUGGCGAUGGAUGGCCAGCGCAGCUCAGGCUUCCUGGGGUUUUUCAAUUCAACGCCUCCUCCGCCUACGGACGCUGUUGCUGCCGCAAGCAAUGUUGCCGGCGGCCCUGCGCACCGUGCGGCUGCCGGGCUGGCCCAUGCGAGGUCGCCCGGCGGUGUUAAGUACGUGACGUAUCAGCUCACCAGCGACACGCCCCUGCUGGGCCAGGAGUGCGCCAUCUGCUUCGAGGACUUUGAGCCCGGGCAGCGGGUCGCCAGGCUCAACUGCCUGUGCACCUAUCAUCUGUGGUGCAUCAGCGAGUGGCUACAGCGCACGCCCGCGUGCCCCGUCCAUUACGAGUGACCAAUUAGAAGGCCGGGACCACGUGGGCGGGAGAUCCCGUAAGUUGGCACCGUUGCUAUUCGCCGCCAAAUAGCCCAUCCAGUGCGGGCCAAAACGCUUUAUUAGACCUAUUUAUCUUUUUGU